AUGGCUCAAGAAAAGAUUACGGAGGAACACCUCGAGGAGCGCAAUCAUACUACAAAGAAGGAAUCAGGCAUCACACUCGUACCACAGCCCACUGAUGAUCCUCGUGAUCCUUUGAACUGGUCCCGCGGGAGAAAGCUCCUUACGCUCUUCAUCGUGUCCUUCGCAGGCUUUACUGGAACCCUACAAGCAGUGGGCAACGUGUCUAGUAUCUUCCAGCAAGGCGCCCUUUACAACAAGACUGGAGUGGAGAUUACGUACUCGGUGUCUGCCGCCACUGCCGGCUUGUGCGCCGGUCCUUUGUUCUGGUCUCCAGUUUCAAGAAGGAUUGGUCGAGGUGGUGCCAUUCUCUGGGCGACUGUCUUGACACUGGCAUGCACCGUCUGGGCAGCAUGUUGUGACGGGCCUGGAGACUACAUAAGUUUCGUCCUGUCCAGGCUGUUUGGUUGUUUGGCUGGCUCUUGCGCAACGACGGUCGGAGCAAGUUAUAUCACAGAUACCUUCUUCCUGCACCAACGCGGAAAAUGCUUCGCCUUCUACACUGUCAUGAUCCUCUUAGGAACACUGGCUGGUCCCACCUUUUCAGGAUUCAUUGUGGGCCACGGCAAAUCGUGGACGGUCGAGUACUGGUACAAUGUUGGUCUCGAAGGUUUUAUGAUCCUCAUGAUCUUCUUAUUUUUGGAAGAAACUGGCUGGACGAGGCCUGGACGAUCGGUCUUUCCCAUCCCUGCAACGUCUUUUAUCCAGCGGUCGAUCGAUGUCUAUCUGUUCCGGAAGCCAAAUGUGGCUCAGGGGCUGACCACCAAGGAGACGCUCCACCUGGCUAUCAUGCCCAUUCGCAUUGGUCUCCAUCCUGUCGGCAUGCUGGGUGGCUUGUUUCUGAUGGUUGUUUUUGGAUGGAGUGUCGGGGUGAACAACCUGCUUGCCGUGUUCCUGCAAUCACCUGUCAGUGAGAACGGAUACGGCUUCACGCCAAACCAGAAUGCCGAGUUCACAUUCUCUGCCUGGUUCGGCUGCAUUCUAGGACAGUUGUACGGUCUCGCUUUCAACGACAAACUACCGCUCUGGAUCUGUCGCAAGCAGGGCGGACUCUGGAAACCCGAGUACCGUCUCCAUGCGCUAUGGCUCCCCAGCUUCAUCGGCCUAAAUAUCGGUUUGGGAUGUUUUGGCGCGGCACUCAAGUAUCAUCUGCACUACAUGGUCGCUGCGGUCGGCAACUUUCUGCUGAAUUUCUCGUCCAAUGUCGCGGUGCCAGUCAUCGUCAAUUAUGAAGUCGAAUGUUUCACCAAAUAUCCCGUCGAGGCUGCGACGAUCAUGAACUUGUACCGGACCAUCUUCGGUAUUGCUAUCCCAUUCUUUAUUGAUGGGUGGGAGGCCAAUGUUGGUGUUGGUUGGGUCUUUGGCAUGAUGGCUUUUGUUAGCAUGGUCGCGUUCAUUCUGUUGAUCAUCCCUCUCAUGUUCGUGGGCCACCGGAUCCGGCAUUGGUUCAAGAGUGAUAUCAUGUCGACAGAGGAGGGAACGAGGAUGAUUGGAACGGAUGUGAACAGGUUGGACGUCGAGGCUCAUUAA